CAUUAAAGCAAGUCAAGAUAGAAUGUCCUAAAACGAGGUUGGCCCGAUUGAUGUCUAAAAUAGAUUACAUAGAAAUCAUUUGUAAUACCAAAAAGGAUUACAAUGAAUUUUAAUAAGAGAAUCAAAAAUGAACUUAUUUUUUGCAAUGAGGGAGACUUCUCUCAUCCCAGCGUUUUUUGGAUGCCGUGGAAAAGCCACUUGCUUUUGUUAUUGGCAUUCGCCUUCGAAAUGUUGUAAUGGCGGACGGAGCUACGGCUAAUGUGGACCUGCAAGAUAAAUCAGAGAAAGUGGAACAAAAUGGAAACAAUAAAGACAAAAGCAAUAAUCCAAAACAUCCUCCUUAUUUACAUAGUAUUUCUAGAUCAUCUUUGACAUUCUUUAAUAGCGAAAAUGCUAAGAAUGCAGCAAAAGCUAAAUUCGAAGUGUUAAAGACGGAUCUUUUGGCAGGAAGUGAAAGUGGCAGUGGUGACCAUGUUCCCCUAUCACAAAAAGAAGAGGAAAAAAAGUUGGUGGAUGGAGUUUUAAAUUUUUGCGUGGAUGGUACAUUUGACUUGAAGUCAAACUAUGUUUUGACCGAACCAUUUAAUGUUUUGGUUUUAUUACACUUAGUUGAAUCAUUAUCUCCAGAAAGACAGCUUGAAGUUUUAUCAAUAUUACAAAAUUUGCUUAAGCAAAGUAUUAAGAAUUUACAGUCUUGUACUAAAGUUGGCUUGAUAUCCAAAUUACUGCAGCAGUUGCCAUCACUAACUGAUGAAAAGGUUGCAGAUAAAGCAAUAGAUUUAAUUGGUGAUCUUGCAACAUACAGUAUUACUGUCAGGGAAUUAAAAUGUUUUUUUUCAUCACUUCAAAGAACAAAUGUUAUGAAAUGGCCUUCUCACGCUUUAAAGUUGUUGGAAAUUUUACGAAAAAUGCCAGAGAAACAUGGCCCAGAUGUGUAUUUUAACUUUUCUGGAAAAUCUGAAGCAGCGAUUACUGUACCACCAAUAUCAAAAUGGCCUCAUCAACCAGGGUGCACAUUCACUGUAUGGUUGCAAUUAGAUGCUGCCCAUCUUUCACCAUCAGAAUUGGAAAACCGGCCACGUGUUUAUAGCUUCUUUACUAACCGUGGAAUAGGAUACAAUGCUCAUUUUUCCGGACCAAUGUUGGUGGUUGAAGUUGUGGGUAAAAAUGGAAGGAAACAAACAACUCUUGUAAAAGCAAAAUUUGAACCACAAAUUUGGUACCAUGUUUGUGUGUCACAUACAUAUAAUAGAUUUAAAUCCAGUGAAGUUAAAGUAUUUGUGAAUGGUCAAAUGGUUACAUCAGGUGAUAUUACAAUGCCUUCGACAAAAGACACAAUGGAUAAAUGUUUUAUUGGUGGAUCACAUAUGAAUGAUCCAAAACAUAAAUUUAAAGGUCAAAUGUCUGCUGUUUAUCUGUUUGCUGAACCGUUAGCAUAUAAUGUUGUAAUUGCUUUAUACCGACUUGGACCUGGUUAUAAGGGCAAAUUCAAAUUUAGAAAUGAGCUGGAGAAUACAAUAGCAGAAACAGAUAAAAAGCUGAUCUAUGAUGGAAAGUUAUCACAGAGUCUUCUGUUUACUUACAAUCCGAAAGCUGUUGACGGAGAAUUAUGUUUGGAAUCUUCACCAACUGAAAACCAAUUAUGUUUUUAUCAUUCACCACAUGCGCUGAUGUUAAAUGGAGUACAAGCUGUAGUUACUCAUUCACUUCAAGCCGCAAUGCACUCUCUUGGUGGUAUCCAGAUGUUGUUUCCAUUAUUUACACAACUUGAUUGUCCAUUAGAUGGUCAAAAUGAACCAGAGCCAAGUAUAUGCUCUCUGCUGCUUGGAUUAAUUUAUGAUCUCCUUCGUGGAUCCUCUGUUUGUCAGCAACAAAUGAUACAAAGUCAAGGUUUUAUGAUCAUUGGUCACUUGCUUCAAAAGGCUUCUCCUGUGCAUUUAACUGAAGCUACUGUGGAUAUAUUAUUGGGCUUAGCUAGAUAUUUCAUGGCAACUACAAGUGCAAAUGGACUGUUAGGUGGCUUGUUAGAUUAUGUCUUAUUAGAACCUGCAUUGUGGAUUAAAACACCUUUAUCACUGCAAUCGAAUCUGUUGAGCUUAUUUGCAACAGGCUAUGUGGGAGGAUUAGACUAUGCUGGAUAUAUCAGAAAAGAAGUUGGGGUUCCACGUCUUAUAUUAACAUUACGGAAAUUUUACUCAGUGACAAAUCCUAUUUUGAAAAAUUCUGUGGAAGAAAUCAUCUCACUGAGAGCAUUUGUGUUACUUCUUAUCAAACAAAUGGUUAUAAAGGACGAAGGAAUAACGGAAGAUGAAUUAAAAAGCAUAUUAGUAUAUCUAGCUGUUGAAGAUCAAGAGGAAAAUUAUUUUGAUGUGAUUCAUUUACUGCUGUCUAUAAUGUGUGAGAUUCCUGUUGCAAUAACUCCCUGUUUUGAUAUGAUGGAAGGAUUUCAAGUAUUCUUCAAACUUCUUGUGGCCCACGAAGAAAAAAUCCGAAUAUGCAGUUUGAAGAUAUUAUGUGCCUACAUGCAGCAGUUGACUGUCAAGCGCAAGUUAGAACUGGUAGAAAAAUAUGCCUUUAUUUCAAAAAUUGGUCAAAAACUUUCUAUAUUUGAUAUGACAAUGACGACAUAUAAUGCAUUGUUCGAGUUCCUCACUGCAAGGCCAACAAAAAUUAUUUCUGAAAACCGACAUGCUUCUCCAGAUGGAACAUACGUCAUGUAUCAUCCGACUGUGCUACCAAUUAUUGUUAAUCUGCUGUUGAAAGGAAGAACAGAUGCGGAAGAGACACAUAAUUAUGAACUUUUGAAAUCCACCUCUGACCUUGCAAUUAUAUUUUUAUCUGAUCUUGUCCUGCUCCUUAAUACUAACAACGAUAAUAAGAGGUUGUUGUUACAGUUGAUGUGUUGGCAAGAUUGGUUGUUUUCUUUGGCGUAUUUUGAACCAAAUACUAAAGAUGAAACUAAAAUCACAGAUACUGUGUUCUCCGUCGUUAAAAUGUUACUGUAUUAUGCAAUACAAAAUGAGAAAGAAGGGUGGAGAGUGUGGGUGGAUACAUUAUCAAUACUACAUGUAAAGGUUUCAGAGCACAUGAAAAAAGAGCAUCCUGAAAGCUUAAAUUCACAACCGCAUAUUAUCUACAACGAGAAUAAAGCAACUCCAGAAUAUAUUGACCAAGAAACUGGAGAAUUAAAAGAAAACCCACUGCCUGAAACAGAUCAAGUGGGAAAAGUGCAAAAUGCUUCAUUGCCAGACAUAAAGUCUCCCAAGAAGUCACCAAAUAUUGAAAAUGAUUUACGCAAACAAUUUUUUGAGAAGUUGUUACUAAAGGAAUCAGGAACUUCUGUGAUUUCAGGGAGCAUGGAAAAUUUACGUAGAACUCAAAGUGCUGGUAACGUGAAUGAAGAGCCAGAAACAAGUAAUCAAAAUCGACCAAGAUCAGCAAGUCCUACUGUAGUACAAAGUAACGUGGUGGAUCAAGUGAAGAAUGAACAUGUAGAAGGUGAUAACAAGACAAAUGAGUGUAUAGAAAGUGAUAAAGAGAUUCAAAGUGAAAACAAGGAUGUAAUAUCAGAAACAAACGUUGGUAAAUCCGAAAAUAACAAAACAGACAUUGAUGAAUCCGAAAAUAACAAAAACCAUGACGAAUCCGAAAAUAACAAAACAGACAUCGAUGAAUCCGAAAAUAACAAAACAGACAUUGAUGAAUCCGAAAAUAACAAAGAAAAUGUUACACCAAGUUGUAAAGAUGGGAAUCAGGAAAAUGUUGCAGAUGGUGAAAGCAAAAAACAUGCAGCUAAAGUUAAUCUGGACUUACACGAAGGAAAUGAAAUAAAAUCAACUAGUAUAAGUGAAAGAGCUGAUAGUAAUGAGCUGAAUGAAAGUGAUAUUGAUGCUGCUCCAAAAUCUCCUGAAAACCCGAAAACUAGACCAUAUGUUGAUAUACCUGAGUUCUAUUGGUCGCAUUCUCAUCAGCGACUUCUUACUGAAUUAUUGUUUUCCAUUGAGAAGGAUAUUCAAGUUUGGAAAACGCAUACUAGAAAAACUUUGACAGAUUUUGUAUCUUCACGGGAAAAUUCUACGUACAUUAUGAAUUUAUGUCACAUGGUUUCCAUCUUGUCCGACAGUUUGAUCUACUGUUGUGGUGGACUACUUCCUUUACUUGCAUCUGCGACCUCGCAAAAUUUUGAAAACGAUGUUUUAGAAGCUUGUGGUGGUAUGACGUUGGAUUCUGGCUUUUCAUUUUUAAACCGUGUUCUAAGCAUCAUCGAUAUUGUUGGAUUUGCAAGUUCAGUCAACUUUAGUAGUGUGGAGGCUCAUCGAAAUAUGUCUGCUGGAGGCGUGUUAAGACAAUGUAUUAGAUUAGUAUUUUGUGGAUCAGCGAGAAAUCGUGUUGUGUGCCGUCAGCGUGAGCGCCCAUCAGCUGGUGUUGGGCACAUUCAUCCGAAAACACUCAAAGAAACACAAGAAGCUAUAAAAACUUUAAUAGCAUCCACAAAACCACCCACGGAGGAGGAUGUAGUACAAAACAUCCCUGGGCACAUGACGACAAUAACAAACCCAGAAAAACUUCUCCAAGAUUCUGACAUUAACAGGCUUCGUACCUUAGUGUACAGGGAAGUUGAAGAUAGUCGGCAAUCACAAUACGUUGCUUUGGUGGUAAUCUAUUUUGUUGCAGUUUUGAUGGUUGCAAGAUAUCGAGAUAUAUUGGAGCAUGAUGAUGUUGAAGAAACCACUGCCAGAAGGCACUCGACAUCUGGCGAGGCUGAAGAUUUGGGUCCAUCCCCACGUGAACGUUCUUCUACAUGGGGUUCCGGACAACAAGGACAACAUGGAGGGUCGUCUGCUAUGACUUUAGAAGAAAAAAUAGAAAUGGCGUUCUGCAACUCUGCUAGUUUAUUACGAGAAAUCUUGUUUGAUUUUUCACACUACCUGACAAGAAUUUUAGUUGGAAGUAGAGGCCAGGAUUUGAUAACAGAUGGGUUGGGUUCAUUGAAGUCCGAAGAAAGCACUGUGGAAUUAGUUAUGUUACUGUGUUCUCAAGAAUGGCAAAAUGCACUGCAACGCCAGGCUGGUACAGCUUUUAUGGACCUUGUAGAUGAAGGUAGAUUACUUUCGCAUUCGACUCGCGAGAGAAUUGUUAUUACAGGAAGUGAAGCGAAAGACAUUAUGAAUGAGCGAGAUAAUUUUGAAAACCUAAAGCAUGCGCAAUACGAGUCAAUCUGCACGAAGACUUUGAUAGCUUACAUUGAACAGUACAGAACGUACGAUCAGUUCUUCAAAGCAAAGAAGAAGCGAAAUUCCUCAUCAGCUACGCAGUCACUUGAAAAGAUUUUCGAUGUGCUAACCAGUGAGUUUGGUGCAUGGCCAAUGAGUCAUUCCCACCAUCAAUAUUAUAAGUUAGACAGAUGGGAAGAUAUGCAGAGAAGAAGGCGACGGAUGGUGAGAAAUCGCUUUGGAACAUCUCAUCCUGAGGCUACAUUGAGGCCUGGUUCAGCUGAAGUCAUACCUCCAGAGAAGCCACCACCAUUAAAAUAUCAUUUAUACACCAAACACGUGCCAGCCACGCGCGAAGAUCUUUCUGACACUGAGGAAGAUCUGGAUGCUGUGUUAGAAGAGAAACAACCCUACCAACAGCAUGGCAGCAUUGUAUUUACCAUCGACUGCAACGUUAUUACGCCUGGCGCUGUCGUACCUGGAACGCUGGCCAUCACAGCAGACUCCCUGUAUUUUACUGCUGAUGAAGAGUCCGAAGAAUUAAAGAAAAUUGAUCCACAGAUUCUAACUUACAACGAUUGUCUAAACAUCAAAUGUUCGUUUAUAAACAUCGUCGCGGUGUUUACGAGAAGAUAUAUUUUGCAGAACAAAGCCGUCGAAAUUUUCUUAGCUAACAGAAGAAGUUUUUUCUUCUCAUUUGCUUCACAUGAUAUUGUUAAGAAAAUCAUACAGCAUUUGCCGUCGGUUGGUGUCGGUAUUGCUUACGGCUUACCAAGAACCAAGAGCAUUUCCUAUUCGUCCCCAAAAUUACUAUUUGCGAAAUCGAAUAUGUUGCAGAGAUGGCAAAACAAAGAAAUUUCAAAUUUCGAAUAUCUUUUAUUUUUAAACACAAUAUCAGGCCGAACAUAUAACGAUUUAAAUCAAUACUUCAUCUUCCCAUGGAUAUUAAAAAAUUAUGAAAGUGCUGAACUUGACUUAAAAGAUCCAAACAACUAUAGAGAUUUAUCCAAGCCAAUCGGAGCACUGAAUCCAUUCCGUCUGGCUCAAUUUGUUGAGAGAUACAACUCCUGGGAUGAGACCGGUGAUGUACCACCAUUUCAUUAUGGGACUCACUAUUCCACUGGUGGCUUUGUAAUGAACUGGCUCGUUAGGAUUGAACCAUUCGCUUCGUUCUUUUUGAGUUUGCAAGGUGGUAAGUUUGACCACCCCCUUCGUACGUUCUCUUCUAUCAACAGAGCUUGGGAAAACUGUCAAAGAGAUACAUCGGAUGUAAAGGAACUUAUUCCGGAGUUGUUUUAUUUACCUGAGAUGUUGAAAAAUGAAAACAAGUUUGUAUUUGGCGAUGGGGAAGAUGGGCGCAACAUUGAUGACGUUGACCUCCCUCCAUGGGCGCGCUCUGCAGAUCAUUUUAUCAAGUUACACAGAGAGGCCUUAGAAUCCGAUUAUGUGUCAAAUAAUUUACAUAAAUGGAUUGAUUUGAUAUUUGGAUACAAACAGAAAGGAAAAGAUGCAGAACACAGUGCAAACGUGUUCUACCAUUUGACUUACGAAGGCAGUGUAGACCUGGAUGCAGUAACCGACCCUGUCACUAAAGAGGCACUUGUUCAGCAGAUUAAAAGUUUUGGGCAAACCCCUGCACAAUUACUCACUUCACCCCACCCUCAGAAGAAUUCAUUAAAGAAUGAAGACGAGGAGCCACAUAAAAGUAUUUUCUUGUCAUUCUCUGUCACUCCCGAAGUUCCUGUAACUCACGUGAGUGCUCACACAGCUGUCAAAUCAUCUCUUCCCGCAAUCAUCACGAUCAGUUGUAAUCAGUUUUUCUCUGUAAACAAGUGGAUAAACUUUGGAGGGGACAUCAAAUCGUAUCAAUCAUUAAAGAACGUUCAAAUUGAGCAGGAUCCUUCAUUAGAAACGGUACAGGGUCGAUUAAGACGUCAGCUUGGUGAACCUUUACAUGAAAGCGUAACCGUAACGUCAUCAUGCUUUGCUGUGACGUCUGACAAUAAAUUUAUUUUCACUUGUGGUUACUGGGAUAAAAGUUUUAAAUGUUUCACAACGGAUACAGGAAAACUAUCUCAGUGUAUAUUUGGGCAUUGGGAUGUGGUGACAUGCCUUGCUUAUUCAGAUGAUGAGUUAACUGCAACAAAUGCGAUACUUGUGUCUGGAUCCUCAGACGCUACUGUUUUGGUGUGGAUAUGGGACCACAAACGACAUAGAAUAAUUGGGCCUGAUGAUCCUCAAGGUCAUGGUUCAACACCCAUAGCGAUUUGUACUGGGCACGAGUUACCUGUCACGUGUGUGGAUGUCAAUACCUCAAUAGGAAUCAUAGCUAGUGGAUGCAUUGAGGGGGCGUGUUUGGUUCAUAGCUUGAGUGGAGAACUUCUCCGAAUUCUUAAAGGACCUGCGAUAUGUCAACACCCACGGCUCAUAAACAUUUCAAACGAAGGUCGCAUUUUAACAAAUUACUCCAGCGAGAAUGGCUACAUGGCAAUGUUUUCGCAGAACGGAAAACUGUUGAGCUACGUAAAGUUGACGGAACAAAACCUGUCUGUGGUUUUCACGCGAGAUGGUUGUUUUUUCGUUACGGGUGGAUUUAACAGAUGUUUCCAAAUAUGGCGAAGUUACGACUUAGUUUUGUUAAGCGUUUUCCCACCAUGCGAUGGAAGCAUACGUUCGUUGGCUCUUACACCAGACCAAAGAUGUAUGGUGGCUGGUUUAAGCACAGGAUCCAUAAUUGCCAUGGCGAUGGAUUUUUCAAUGUGGCCCCGUGUAUAUGACGUAAUGAAAGUUCAACCUAAAGAAGAAGAUUCAUCGGAAAAAGUGGUUGGGACGAACGAAGACAAGGAAAAUCUUACAACAGCUCUUGUUCACAAAUCUUCUGAAGAAGAAGGAACCACGCCAGAAAUAAAUCAGCAACAUGGCGUAGCAAACGAUAAAGAAGUGGACCAAGUAAAGACGGAUGAAAAGCACCCUCCACCUCCUGAAGUUGAUACAACGGAUGAAACGCCAGUGACGAAACUCACCCAACCUGUUCCUGAUGAGGAAGACGAAGGGGGUAUUCCCGAUGAAGAAGAUAAAACACCAAAGCAGCAAACGAGCAUUGUGAGCCCUGUUCCUGAUAACGACACACCACCAAAAACGCUUUUAGAAAAAGCACAGGAGGUCGAUUCUACUAAAGAAGAGGAGUAAAUUAGAAAGAAAGGAUUUUCACUACAGUAUUUCUUCCGAUGUGUAUAUAAAUAUAGAAUGACAAAGCAGUAGAUGAUAUCAUUGUAGUUGUCGGUGUUGUUGCGUGAACGUACGUUAGUGGUAAUUUAUAUUUUCGUUAUAUUUAGGAUAUAUAUUUUUUACUUUUCACAAAUUUCUGCAAUUAUGGUUUAUGAGAAUUAGAAAUUAGUUACACUAAACACUUUUUACCCAAUGUUAUUUUCUGAAUGUUUUAGUUACACUAAACACUUUUUACCCAAUCUCAUUUUCUGAAUGUUUCGCCAACGAAUUCAGAUUUUUCAACUUGACAAAGAAAAUAUCAGUACAUAAGUUUUAAAUACUGAUUUCAAGUGACACCUAAAGUAAAAAUUAGCGACAUUUUUAAGAAGCCCAUUAUAUUAUUACAAAGCUAUGCUACAAAACUGAAACAAACAACACUUUAUUGUUUCUUUAUUCAUGUAGAUUUAUUUAUUAAAAUUUUUGUGUCGUCAUAUGUAAUGUUUCGAUUUUCUAUACUUUUCUUUUAAUGUCUGAUCACCUCUUUACCCAAACACAAAAAUUUUCUAUGUUGAAACUAGUCAGUUAAUGUACAAGAUUUUCCUCCGAUUACUUUUUACUAUCCAACACAUAAAAGUAUAAAUGUUUAUUUGUGGUGCUGGUAAAAUCUACACGGUGUUCUGUUUAUGUUAAAGUGAAAAUGUGCUGGAAAUAUUUUGACGUUAAAUAGAAUUUAUCUUCCUAGAAGAUUCUUGAAA